CAGUGAUACGUCAGUCCUUCAUACUUUGACACUCUUCUUUGACAGUGCGCACCACCAAAGGUCGGGUCAUCAUCGUUCUCAGCCCGCCAACAUUAGCAUGUCGUCCUCGUCGGUCGAUGCACGGCUGGACUUUCGGCCUGCAUCCGCCUCACCCCUGGUCUCAAUACACGACCGCAGCACUCUGGCGGAUGCGAGUGGUGGCAGCGAUCCGCGGCUGAGCGGCGCGUACGUGACUCCGCUCCAGCAGAUGGCUGCGUCGUGCGCCGGCGCGCUGCUCACCUCACUCGUCUCAACCCCGCUCGACGUCGUCCGCAUUCGCCUGCAGAGUCAAGCAAUCAGCCACAUCUCCAGCACUGCUUCUGCUGCUGCUGCUGCUGCUGCUGCUGCGACGACUGGUGCUGCGUCAUCAUCAUCAGCAGCAGCCUCCAUGUCCGCUGCCGACCCGUUCGCCCGUGCCUGGGCUGCCCAUGCGACGUCGACUGCUCCGUCAAGUGCAGCCGCGCUCCUGCCGCACCGUCGCCAGAUUGUCUGCAUUGUGAGCCAAUCCAGACCAUCCCCAGGCGCUGCACUGUCGGCCAGUCUGACUGCUGUGGCCACGAGGGCGCCUCCCGCUGCCGCUACUGCUGCUGUCUCGGCGGUCGAAUCAGCCUCAAUGGCUGCCGCGGACGGCACAGUCCGAUACGUUGUUAUUCUAUGCAAUGGUCUGAUGGAUCACGUCUGCAACGUCUGCUUCCCUGCGCACAAGCCAGAGGCCGCUCGGCUAAACGGAACGUUCGACGCACUCACAAAAAUCGCACGGCAGGAGGGAUUCUCGAGCUUGUGGCGUGGAUUGUCUCCAACACUGCUGAUGGCUGUUCCUGCCACAAUGGUUUAUUUCACAGCCUACGAGCAAAUCCGUGACUGGAUGAAACAUUCGUCGAUCGUGGGAGGCUCUGGCUGGGAGCCUCUGCUUGCCGGCGGCGUGGCGCGUGUUGCGUCUGCCACCUUCAUCUCACCUUUAGAGCUGUUCCGUACCAAGAUUCAAUCAACCACUAGCAAUUACAAUUAUCGACAGCUAAUCCAAUCAGUACGGCAGUCCGUCAAAACAACCGGUAUCUCUUCGUUAUGGCUAGGAUUAGGACCUACUCUACUCCGUGAUGUUCCAUUUUCUGCUCUGUAUUGGUGGGGUUAUGAAACUACCCGAAGCCUAUUUGUGGAUGGGCUUACCAAUCGUGGAUACGCUAUGGACGGGACAACAUCCUUUGGUGUCUCGUUCGCCGCCGGAGCCGCUUCUGGCAUGGUUUCGGCGGCUGUCACAACCCCAUUCGAUGUUAUUAAAACGAGGAGUCAAAUACAACUAGGGCAGCUUGUAUCAAGUGGACCAGUUCAAAUGUCAACAGCUCGCGAGAUUGCGCGCGACUUGUACCGAACUGGAGGCGUAUCAUCGCUGUUUGUCGGUUUGACAGCACGUUGCGCCAAGGUCGCCCCGGCAUGCGCUAUCAUGAUUAGCUCUUAUGAACUCGGAAAGAGCUUUUUCGGCAAUCGAAACAAGCAACGCGCUCUACAAGAACAAUAUCAACUGCUGCCUCCAAGUCUUCUCGCAGCUGUAGGCGACGUGCCACACAAUGACAUGCACUCAAAAUAAUCCACAUGUAAUCAGCAGCACACGAAUUUUUUUUAAAAAAAUACAGAUAUAUUCCUGAGCGAGCAA